UUGGGACUGUUAUAAUUACAUUUAGCUUAUAAAAAAAUUAGAACUCUGACCCUAUUUUGCUCACAACCAAGUACACAAACAAACAUUUUUUUUCAUUUUCCUAUCUUUGCCAUGAAGUUUCCUUGUGUUAUCUUCAUCUCUUUCUUCACACUUCUCAUGUUUGCCAAUGAAAUUGGUGCAAGAAAUAGUCCUGAAGAUUACUGGAAGAAAAUAAUGAAAGAUCAACCAAUUCCAGAAGCUAUUGGUGGAAUAAUUGAUCAAGAAAUGGCAAACCCAUCUGAGAAAAAACCAUUUUGGAGCCAUUUUAAGAGGGAUUUUGAUGUUACUUCUAAUGUCAUAAUCUAUCAUCCUCAUCAAGAGAACACCAUGCGUUCUCCUUCGGCUUAGGCGACCGAGCUCGAACAGGAAAAAUGGUGUUGAUCAGCAGAAGAAGCAGGAGGGAUAUCGUAGAUCGACUCCAAAAAAAUAUUAACUCCAUAAAAAAAUAUUAUAAGUUUUAUUUUAGAUGUUAGAAAUAUAACAAAAAAAAAAUAUAGGGAUUGUUGUUAGAAGAUUGAGUUGCUUUUACUUAUGAGGUUUUAAUAGAAAAAAUUAGUUCCUAGACUUACUAGUUACUACUUACUACUCCUGUAAUAGUGUGGUACUCUCCCUCUGUUUCUUUAUGUCGUUCGGGUUUAAAAUAUAAUAUUCUCAAGAUGAAAUAAAAUAAUCAUGUGAGAAUAUGGGAUAUUGCUUGA